GUGCCUUCUGAGCGUCGACUGGCACUGGGCGCAGAGUUUGUGGAGAAGAGGCUUGGGCCGUGGCGUUCUCCGCUAAGGUCUGAGCCAGAGAUUUAAUAAUGGACGAAACGGAUUUUCGUUUCAUGGACUUUAAAGAAAUUGUUGAAAACCUGAUUGUAAGAGAUAAUUCACCUAGCAUACCUGAGGCAAUUGAAAGACUCUUCAAUGACAUAGCAAGUAUCAACAGGGAUUCUAUGGCUGAAAUACAGGAUGCUCAGGUUGAAGAAAUGGCAGUAAACCUAUGGAACUGGGCAGUUACCAAGAGAGUAGGUUCAGUUAUAAGUGAAGAGCAGAAAGCUAAAUUACGGCAUGUUGCUUGCAAGUUGGUGUGUAUGUGUGAAGGCUCAACUGCUUCAGAAGAUGCUAUUCGAAGACAGAUUUUGAUGAAUAUGAAAACAGGAAAAGGGUGGGUGGAUGUUGGAAAUGCUAUGAUGGCUGAUGGAUUUUUUCAAGCUGCCAUUGUUGGUCUAGAGCAGUUAUAUUGCAAAUUAAUGCAGAGAGCCUCCACUGAGGCCGACAUAACUUUGCAGAAGAGUGCUUUGGAGAGGGACCUUUUCAAAGUGGUUUCUUACCAAGCAGAGGCGGCAAUUGCUCUAGGGGAUUUUCAAAGAGCAUCUUCAUGUUCACUGCGCUGUAAGGAUAUGUUGAUAAGGCUCCCCAAAAUGACUGGAUAUCUUCAUAUUCUCUGUUACAACUUUGGAAUAGAAGCCUACAAGCAGAAUAAAUAUGAUGAAAGUUCUUUCUGGCUUAGCCAAAGCUAUGAUAUUGGGAAGAUGGAUAAGAAUACUAUUGGGCCAGAAAUGCUGGCUAAAGUUCUUCGGUUACUAGCCACUGCUUAUUUGGAUUGGAAUGACAGAGAAUAUUGUGAUAAGGCUCUCCAUGCUGUAAACCUAGCAAACAAGGAACAUUUAAAUCCAGCUGGGAUUUUCCUAAAGAUGAAAAUCCUCUUGAAGAGUGAAACAGCCAAUGAAGAACUCCAUGAAGCUGUCAUGGAAAUACUACAUCUUGACAUGUCUCUAGACUUUUGUCUGAACAUUGCUAAACUGCUGAUGGAUCAUGAAAGAGAAUUUGUUGGGUUUGAUUUAAUGAAGAUUAUCUGUGAGCGUUUUAAGUCAUCAGAAGAUAUUGGAAAAGCUCUACUGCUCCACGCUGACAUGCUUUUACAAAGAAAGGAAGAACUGCUUGCCAAGGAGAAGAUUGAAGAAAUCAUUAUAGGUCACCGAAGAGGAAGAAAACUGAAACCACAAUUAGUGAGCUGUUUUCACAACAUUCUGUGGCAGAAAGCUGCCAGAAGUUUUGAGGUACAAAAUUAUGCUGAAGCCCUAAACUGGUACCAUUAUUCUCUGAGAUUUUAUGCAAUCGAUAAAACGGAUCUGGACUUGGCCAAGCUGCAGAGGAAUAUGGCUUCCUGUUACCUGCAUUUGAAACAACUUGAUAAGGUCCUUUGAUUUAUCUAUUUUUCA